UUCUGGAGAGACUGCUCCAAUCCCCGAGGCGGAAGGAGGCAACCGACUUGGCGCAGCACUCAGCCAGGGGGUAGAAGCUCAGGGGAGGAGCCGAGCCUUUCUCCUGUCCAAGAGCGAGAUCUGGGCUACGCCGGGCGCCCGGAGCUCUGGUCCAGCCCCCGGCCAUCGCGGCCGCCGCCCAGCCAGGUGCAAAAUGCCGUGUCAUUGGGAGACUCCGCAGCCGGAGCAUUAGAUUACAGCUCGACGGAGCUCGGGAAGGGCGGCGGGGGUGGAAGAUGAGCAGAAGCCCCUGUUCUCGGAACGCCGGCUGACAAGCGGGGUGAGCGCAGCCAGGGCGGGGACCCAGCCUAGCCCACUGGAGCAGCCGGGGGUGGCCUGUUCCCCUUUAAGAGCAACCGCUCUAAGCCAGGAGCCAGAGAUCCGAGCCGACCUCGCCCAGCCAGCCCUCUCUAGCGAGGGGACCCACAAGCGGCGCCUCGACCCUCCCGACCUUUCCGAGCCCUCUUUGCGCCUUGGGCGCACGGGGCCCUACACGCGCCAGGCAUGCUGAGGGUCUUCAUCCUCUAUGCCGAGAACGUCCACACACCCGACACCGACAUCAGCGAUGCCUACUGCUCCGCGGUGUUUGCAGGGGUGAAGAAGAGAACCAAAGUCAUCAAGAACAGCGUGAACCCUGUAUGGAAUGAGGGCUUUGAAUGGGACCUCAAGGGCAUCCCUCUGGACCAGGGCUCUGAGCUUCAUGUGGUGGUCAAAGACCAUGAGACGAUGGGGAGGAACAGGUUCCUGGGGGAAGCCAAGGUCCCACUCCGAGAGGUCCUCACCACCCCUAGUCUGUCCGCUAGCUUCAAUGCCCCCCUGCUGGACACCAAGAAGCAGCCCACGGGGGCCUCGCUGGUCCUGCAGGUGUCCUACACACCGCUGCCUGGAGCUGUGCCCCUGUUCCCACCCCCUACUCCUCUGGAGCCCUCCCCGACUCUGCCUGACCUGGAUGUAGUGGCAGGUGGGGGACAGAGCCGGGCCGAGACAUGGUCCCUGCUCAGUGACAGCACCGUGGACACGAGAUACUCUGGAAAGAAGUGGCCAGCCCCCACGGACACAGGAGGCGAGGAAGACACAGAGGACCAGGGACUCACUGGAGAUGAGGCGGAGCCAUUCCUGGAUCAAAGCGGAGGCCUGGGGGCUCCCACCACCCCAAGGAAACCACCUUCACAUCCUCCACCCCACUACCCCGGGAUCAAAAGAAAGCGAAGUGCGCCUACAUCUAGAAAGCUGCUGUCAGACAAACCGCAGGAUUUCCAGAUCAGGGUCCAGGUGAUCGAGGGGCGCCAGCUGCCGGGGGUGAACAUCAAGCCUGUGGUCAAAGUUACCGCCGCAGGGCAGACCAAGCGGACGCGGAUCCACAAGGGAAACAGCCCACUCUUCAACGAGACUCUUUUCUUCAACUUGUUUGACUCUCCUGCGGAGCUGUUUGAUGAGCCCAUCUUUAUCACGGUGGUAGACUCCCGUUCUCUCAGGACAGAUGCUCUCCUCGGGGAGUUCCGGAUGGACGUGGGCACCAUUUACAGAGAGCCCCGGCACGCCUAUCUCAGGAAGUGGCUGCUGCUCUCAGACCCUGAUGACUUCUCUGCUGGGGCCAGAGGCUACCUGAAAACAAGCCUUUGUGUGCUGGGGCCUGGGGAUGAAGCACCUCUAGAGAGAAAAGACCCCUCUGAAGACAAGGAGGACAUUGAAAGCAACCUGCUCCGGCCCACAGGCGUGGCCCUGCGAGGAGCCCACUUCUGCCUGAAGGUCUUCCGGGCCGAAGACUUGCCGCAGAUGGACGAUGCCGUGAUGGACAACGUGAGACAGAUCUUUGGCUUUGAGAGUAACAAGAAGAACUUGGUGGACCCCUUUGUGGAGGUCAGCUUUGCGGGGAAAAUGCUCUGCAGCAAGAUCUUGGAGAAGACGGCCAACCCUCAGUGGAACCAGAACAUCACACUGCCUGCCAUGUUUCCCUCCAUGUGCGAAAAAAUGAGGAUUCGUGUCAUAGACUGGGACCGCCUCACUCACAAUGACAUCGUGGCUACAACCUACCUGAGUAUGUCAAAAAUCUCUGCCCCUGGAGGAGAAAUAGAAGAGGAGCCUGCAGGUGCUGUCAAGCCUUCGAAAGCCUCAGACUUGGAUGACUACCUGGGCUUCCUCCCCACUUUUGGGCCCUGCUACAUCAACCUCUAUGGCAGUCCCAGAGAGUUCACGGGCUUCCCGGACCCCUAUGCAGAGCUCAACACAGGCAAGGGGGAAGGUGUGGCUUAUCGUGGCCGGCUUCUGCUCUCCCUGGAGACCAAGCUGGUGGAGCACAGUGAACAAAAGGUGGAGGACCUUCCUGCGGAUGACAUCCUCCGGGUGGAGAAGUACCUUAGGAGGCGCAAGUACUCCUUGUUUGCGGCCUUCUACUCAGCCACCAUGCUGCAGGAUGUGGAUGACGCCAUCCAGUUUGAGGUCAGCAUUGGGAACUAUGGGAACAAGUUCGACAUGACCUGCCUGCCGCUGGCCUCCACCACUCAGUACAGCCGUGCAGUCUUUGAUGGGUGCCACUACUACUACCUACCCUGGGGUAAUGUGAAACCUGUGGUGGUGCUGUCAUCCUACUGGGAGGACAUCAGCCAUAGAAUCGAGACUCAGAACCAGCUGCUUGGGAUUGCUGACCGGCUGGAAGCUGGCCUGGAGCAGGUCCACCUGGCCCUGAAGGCGCAGUGCUCUGCGGAGGACGUGGACUCGCUGGUGGCUCAGCUGAUGGAUGAGCUCAUCGCAGGCUGCAGCCAGCCUCUGGGUGAUAUCCGUGAGACACCCUCUGCCACCCACCUGGACCAGUACCUGUACCAGCUGCGCACCUGUCACCUGAGCCAAAUCACUGAGGCUGCCCUUGCCCUGAAGCUCGGCCACAGUGAGCUCCCUGCAGCUCUGGAGCAGGCUGAGGACUUUCUCCUGCGUCUGCGUGCCCUCGCAGAGGAGCCCCAGAACAGCCUGCCAGACAUCGUCAUCUGGAUGCUGCAGGGAGACAAGCGUGUGGCAUACCAGCGGGUGCCCGCCCACCAAGUCCUCUUCUCCCGGCGGGGUGCCAACUACUGUGGCAAGAAUUGUGGGAAGCUGCAGACAAUCUUUCUGAAAUAUCCGAUGGAGAAGGUGCCUGGGGCCCGGAUGCCAGUGCAGAUACGGGUCAAGCUGUGGUUUGGGCUCUCUGUGGAUGAGAAGGAGUUCAACCAGUUUGCUGAGGGGAAGCUGUCUGUCUUUGCUGAAACCUAUGAGAACGAGACCAAGUUGGCCCUGGUUGGGAACUGGGGCACAACGGGCCUCACCUACCCCAAGUUUUCUGACGUCACGGGCAAGAUCAAGCUACCCAAGGACAGCUUUCGCCCCUCGGCCGGCUGGACCUGGGCUGGAGAUUGGUUCGUGUGUCCAGAGAAGACUCUGCUCCAUGACAUGGACGCCGGUCACCUGAGCUUCGUGGAGGAGGUGUUUGAGAACCAGACCCGGCUUCCCGGAGGCCAGUGGAUCUACAUGAGUGACAACUACACCGAUGUGAACGGGGAGAAGGUGCUUCCCAAGGAUGACAUUGAGUGCCCACUGGGCUGGAAGUGGGAAGAUGAGGAAUGGUCCACAGACCUCAACCGGGCUGUCGAUGAGCAAGGCUGGGAGUAUAGCAUCACCAUCCCCCCGGAGCGGAAGCCGAAGCACUGGGUCCCUGCUGAGAAGAUGUACUACACACACCGACGGCGGCGCUGGGUGCGCCUGCGCAGGAGGGAUCUCAGCCAAAUGGAAGCACUGAAGAGGCACAGGCAGGCGGAGGCGGAGGGUGAGGGCUGGGAGUACGCCUCUCUUUUUGGCUGGAAGUUCCACCUGGAGUACCGCAAGACAGAUGCCUUCCGCCGCCGCCGCUGGCGCCGCCGCAUGGAGCCACUGGAGAAGACGGGGCCUGCGGCUGUGUUUGCCCUUGAGGGGGCCCUGGGCGGCGUGAUGGAUGACAAGAGUGAAGAUUCCAUGUCCGUCUCCACCUUGAGCUUUGGUGUGAACAGACCCACGAUUUCCUGCAUAUUCGACUAUGGGAACCGCUACCAUCUACGCUGCUACAUGUACCAGGCCCGGGACCUGGCUGCGAUGGACAAGGACUCUUUUUCUGAUCCCUAUGCCAUCGUCUCCUUCCUGCACCAGAGCCAGAAGACGGUGGUGGUGAAGAACACCCUUAACCCCACCUGGGACCAGACGCUCAUCUUCUACGAGAUCGAGAUCUUCGGCGAGCCGGCCACGGUUGCUGAGCAGCCGCCCAGCAUCGUGGUGGAGCUGUAUGACCAUGACACUUACGGUGCAGACGAGUUUAUGGGUCGCUGCAUCUGUCAACCGAGUCUGGAACGGAUGCCCCGGCUGGCCUGGUUCCCACUGACGAGGGGCAGCCAGCCAUCCGGGGAGCUGCUGGCCUCUUUUGAGCUCAUCCAGAGAGAGAAGCCGGCCAUCCACCAUAUUCCUGGUUUUGAGGUGCAGGAGACAUCGAGGAUCCUGGAUGAGCUGUGUGCUCCUGCCUUCUUCCUCCAGGGCCUUCUCCAAACGUCUGAGGACACAGACCUGCCCUACCCACCACCCCAGAGGGAGGCCAACAUCUACAUGGUUCCUCAGAACAUCAAGCCAGCACUUCAGCGUACCGCCAUCGAGAUCCUGGCAUGGGGCCUGCGGAACAUGAAGAGUUACCAGCUGGCCAACAUCUCCUCCCCCAGCCUCGUGGUAGAGUGUGGGGGCCAGACGGUGCAGUCCUGUGUCAUCAGGAACCUCCGGAAGAACCCCAACUUUGACAUCUGCACCCUCUUCAUGGAAGUGAUGCUGCCCAGGGAGGAGCUCUACUGCCCCCCCAUCACCAUCAAGGUCAUUGAUAACCGCCAGUUUGGCCGCCGGCCUCUGGUGGGCCAGUGUACCAUCCGCUCCCUGGAGAGCUUCCUGUGUGACCCCUACUCGGCGGAGAGUCCAUCCCCACAGGGUGGCCCAGACGAUGUGAGCCUACUCAGUCCUGGGGAAGACGUGCUCAUCGACAUUGAUGACAAGGAGCCCCUCAUCCCCAUCCAGCUUGCAGACGGUCUGUCGAGCUUGGCCCCCACUAACAUGGCUUCUCCUCCAUCCAGUCCUCAUGAGGAAGAGUUCAUCGAUUGGUGGAGCAAAUUCUUUGCCUCCAUAGGGGAGAGGGAAAAAUGCGGCUCCUACUUGGAGAAGGAUUUUGACACCCUGAAGGUCUAUGACACACAGCUGGAGAAUGUGGAGGCCUUUGACGGCCUGUCUGACUUUUGUAACACCUUCAAGCUGUACCGGGGCAAGACGCAGGAGGAGACAGAAGAUCCAUCUGUCAUUGGCGAAUUUAAGGGCCUCUUCAAAAUUUAUCCUCUCCCAGAAGACCCAGCCAUCCCUAUGCCCCCAAGACAGUUCCACCAGCUGGCCGCCCAGGGACCCCAGGAGUGCUUGGUCCGUAUCUACAUUGUCCGAGCAUUUGGCCUGCAGCCCAAGGACCCCAAUGGGAAGUGUGAUCCUUACAUCAAGAUCUCCAUAGGGAAGAAAUCAGUGAGUGACCAGGAUAACUACAUCCCCUGCACGCUGGAGCCUGUAUUUGGAAAGAUGUUCGAGCUGACCUGCACUCUGCCUCUGGAGAAGGACCUGAAGAUCACUCUCUAUGACUAUGACCUCCUCUCCAAGGACGAAAAGAUCGGUGAGACGGUCAUCGACCUGGAGAACAGGCUGCUGUCCAAGUUUGGGGCUCGCUGUGGACUCCCACAGACCUACUGUGUCUCUGGACCGAACCAGUGGCGGGACCAGCUCCGCCCCUCCCAGCUCCUCCACCUCUUCUGCCAGCAGCGUAGAGUCAAGGCACCUGUGUAUCGGACAGACCAUGUAAUGUUUCAGGAUAAAGAAUACUCCAUUGAAGAGAUAGAAGCUGGCAGGAUCCCGAACCCACACCUGGGCCCAGUGGAGGAGCGUCUGGCUCUGCACGUGCUUCAGCAGCAGGGCCUGGUCCCAGAGCACGUGGAGUCACGGCCCCUCUACAGCCCCCUGCAGCCAGACAUCGAGCAGGGGAAGCUGCAGAUGUGGGUCGACCUGUUUCCGAAGGCCCUGGGGCGGCCUGGACCUCCCUUCAACAUCACCCCACGGAGAGCCAGAAGGUUUUUCCUGCGUUGUAUUAUCUGGAAUACCAGAGAUGUGAUCCUGGAUGAUCUGAGCCUCACGGGGGAGAAGAUGAGCGACAUUUAUGUGAAAGGUUGGAUGAUUGGCUUUGAAGAACACAAGCAAAAGACAGACGUGCAUUAUCGUUCCCUGGGAGGUGAAGGCAACUUCAACUGGAGGUUCAUUUUCCCCUUCGACUACCUGCCGGCUGAGCAAGUCUGUACCAUUGCCAAGAAGGAUGCCUUCUGGAGGCUGGACAAGACUGAGAGCAAAAUCCCAGCACGAGUGGUAUUCCAGAUCUGGGACAAUGACAAGUUCUCCUUUGAUGAUUUUCUGGGCUCCCUGCAGCUCGAUCUCAACCGCAUGCCCAAGCCAGCCAAGACAGCCGAGAAGUGCUCCUUGGACCAGCUGGAUGAUACUUUCCACCCAGAACGGUUUGUGUCCCUUUUUGAGCAGAAAACAGUGAAGGGCUGGUGGCCCUGUGUAGCAGAAGAGGGUGAGAAGAAAAUACUGGCGGGCAAGCUGGAAAUGACCUUGGAGAUUGUAGCAGAGAGUGAGCAUGAGGAGCGGCCCGCUGGCCAGGGCCGGGAUGAGCCCAACAUGAACCCUAAGCUUGAGGACCCAAGGCGCCCCGACACCUCCUUCCUGUGGUUUACCUCCCCAUACAAGACCAUGAAGUUCAUCCUGUGGCGGCGUUUCCGGUGGGCCAUCAUCCUCUUCAUCAUCCUCUUCAUCCUGCUGCUGUUCCUGGCCAUCUUCAUCUACGCCUUCCCGAACUAUGCUGCCAUGAAGCUGGUGAAGCCCUUCAGCUGAGGACUCUCCUGCCCUGUAGAAGGGGGCAUGGGGUCCCCUCCAGCAUGGGACUGGCCUGCCUCCUCCGCCCAGCUCGGCGAGCUCCUCCAGACCUCCCAGGCCUGAUUGUCCUGCCAGGGUGGGCAGACAGACACAUGGACCGGCCCACACUCCCAGAGUUGCUAACAUGGAGCUCUGAGAUCACCCCACUUCCAUCAUUUCCUUCUCCCCCAACCCAACGCUUUUUUGGAUCAGCUCGGACAUAUUUCAGUAUAAAACAGUUUGAACCACA